GUGUCUGGUACAAAAGAACUGAUGACUUCUAAAGUCACUAAUGCCAAAAAUGCAGUGACUCGCAAGUUGUCAGGGAUGGUCGGCAUGACCAAAGAUGUGGUUCAGAGUGGUGUGAAAACCACGGCCUCCCUUGUGAGCAGCAGCAUGACUGUGGUGAUGGGAACAAGAGUGGGAAAGAUGGCCAAGAACAGUGUGGAAACCGUGCUGGGCCGGUCCCAUGCAUUUAUAGAUCACUACCUUCUCAUCAGUGAUGAAGACCUGAAGCCUGUUAUUUACACUGCCUUCCUCCUUUCAGUGGAUCUGAAAACAUGUUCUCAAGAGACAGGGAUGGAUCCUGUGCAGGAAGUACAGACACAGAUCAAGUGCAAAGGCUAUUUGGCCUGCGUGCUUUCUCUCUUGAAUAAAUUCCAACGCUAUAUAUCCCAGCAAUCCUGGUGCCAUCUGAGGCAUGCUAAUGAGAGUCUCCAAAUAGUCCUUGAAAACACCUUUUCGGAUUGGAAAGGUUGGCUAAUAGCCUUGUACUACACCAUUACACUUCCCCUGAGGACUGUCUACCUGAUCCUCAUCUUUACUGUUGAAGAAUUUUCCGCCAAAUUUAACGAGAGCGUCCCCCAAGCUUGCUACAUCCUAGAAGACCUCAAGUUGGUCCUGUCUGCUCUCACUUGCCUUCAGGAACUCUGCUGGAAAAUCUUUGCCCGCGUCUGGGAAAAAAUGUCUGAGGAAGAAAACCUCAACACACUCUUGAACUAUAUCGUGCAAACGCUUCCCUUCUGUUUCUUUGCAAACCACUGCAAAUGUAGGACCGCCACCGAUUGCACCGCAAAAGCGUUAAAGGCCAUUCAGAGGGUGCAGGCCUCGAAGGACAGUCUUCUUGGACUGGAGGGAAGUGGAACCUCUUCCAUAGUUGCGGCCUCUUGAAAUCUGCAUCUGGUCACCCAUGGGGGGGAAAAAAGUGAGAUGCAAGGGUUUGGACAUAUGAAGGGGUUGUCUCUUAACCGAAAUCCCAAGGCAACUGCAAGCUUACAGUAAAAUAGGAAAUUGACUAUCUGA